AUGGCCGGCGUCGCAGUGGUUGUGGGCGUGGGCCCUGGCCUUGGGUCGGCCUUGGCUCGGCGGUUCGCAAAGGGUGGUUUCGCCGUGGCACUGUGCUCCCGGAAGAUGGAGUCCUUGACACCAGUCAAAGCGGACAUUGACAAGGCAGGCGGCAAGGCAGAGUGCUUCACAGUGGACUCCACAGACGAGCAGCAGGUGGCAGCCGCAUAUGACAGCAUCACAGCACAACUCGGACACCCAUCUGUCCUGUGCUACAAUGUUGGGGGUGCAGGUUCUGGCGGCUGGCCCCCGCCCACCGUGGAGGACACCAGCGUUGAGAUCUUCAGGAGGAGCCUGGAUGCCUGUGUUGUGGGAGGUUUCCUGUGGGCGAAGAAGGUGAUCCCGCACAUGAAGGCCAACAAGAAGGGCACCAUUCUUCUCACGGGGGCCACGGCAUCUUUGCGAGGCAGCAAGAACUUUUGCGCUUUUUCUCCAGGAAAGUUCGCGCUGCGGUCGCUGGGCCAGACGAUGGCGCGCGAGCUGCACCCCUGCGGCGUGCACGUGGCCCACGUGAUCGUAGACGGCAUCAUCCGUGGUCCCAGGACCGAGCAGAUGAUGCCCGGGCGGCCGGCGGACGCCUUUAUGGAGCCCGACGCCAUGGCGGAGGAGUACUGGAAGCUGCACACGCAGGACCCCUCCACCUGGUCGGUGGAAAUCGAUCUGAGGCCCUUCACCGAGAAGUUUUGA